GUGCCAGCCUAGGCUUGCACGGCAGAGGUGGCAGAGGUGGCCCUGGCCUGUGGUCUCAGUUCUGCUCGUGCGCGACUUUGGCACCAUGGAGGGGACCCAAGAAGCUCUGAGUGGGAAAAUGCGGCUCCUUUUCACUCCUGCUGCUCGGACCAGCCUCCUGAUGCUCAGACUCAAUGAGGCGGCGCUACGGGCGCUACAAGAGUGUCAGCAGCAACAGGUACGGCCAGUGAUUGCUUUCCAAGGCCAACGAGGGUAUCUAAGGCUCCCAGGCCCUGGAUGGUCCUGCCUCUUCUCCUUCAUAGUAUCACAGUGUGGCCAAGAGGGCACUAGUGGUGGCUUGGACCUUGUGUACCAACGCUUAGGCAGAUCUGGGCCUAACUGUCUCCACUGCCUGGGCUCACUUAGAGAGCGACUCACUAUUUGGGCAGCCAUGGAUACUAUCCCAGCUCCAUUGUUAGCUCAGGAACACCUGACUGAAGAUACCAGAGAGUCUGAGAGUUGGCAGGACACAGGAGAUGACCCUGAAGGCCAUCCCCAGAUGACACUAGAAGAGGGGUCUGAUCCACUGGCAAGCAACCAUGAACUGUCUCUCCCAGGAUCCUCCAGUGAGCCCAUGGCACAAUGGGAAGUGAGGAACCACACCUAUCUUCCAAACAGAGAGCUCGACCAGCCACUGCCUUCCCCUGCCAGCCAGAAACGCCUGGACAAGAAACGUUCAGCACCUAUAACCACUGAAGAACCAGAAGAAAAGAGGCUCAGAGCUUUACCUCUAGCCCCAAGUCCGCUACAAGGGCUAUCGAAUCAGGAAUCGCAAGAGGGAGAAAACUGGGUGCCAGAAGAAGAUGAAGAUAGAGAUUCCAGGCUGGAGCAGAGUCUCUCAGUUCAAGCAGCCUCUGAAUCCCCAAGCCCUGAGGAGGUACCAGAUUAUCUCUUGCAGUACAGUGCCAUCCACAGUGCAGAGCAGCAACAGGCCUAUGAACAGGACUUUGAGGCAGACUAUGCUGAAUACCGAAUCCUGCAUGCCCGUGUUGGGGCUGCCAGCCAAAGGUUCACAGAGCUCGGGGAGGAGAUGAAGAGACUUCAGCGAGGAACUCCAGAGCACAAGGUGCUAGAAGAUAAAAUAGUCCAGGAGUAUAGGAAGUUCAGAAAGCGGUAUCCAUGUUACAGGGAAGAGAAGCAUCGCUGUGAGUACCUGCAUCAGAAACUGUCCCACAUUAAAGGUCUCAUCCUGGAAUUUGAGGAAAAGAACAGGGGCAGUUGAAACUAUUCAGAGGACUCUUGGGCCUGUCCCCAGUGAUGAACAAAAUAGCCACCAGGUGAAGCACAUUAGCGUUUCUGAUUUUGACCUUUCUGUCCAAGGUGGCAAGUAGAGAGUCAUGCUAGGUUCUUGCAGUUUGAUUUUUGUUGUUGCCAUAAAUUUCUGAGGGUGUGGGCAUGGAGUCAAGUCUCCUCAGCUGUGCCCAGGAGACUAAAAAAAUAGCAUACGCUUGGCUUCUUCAACUUUACUUCAGGAAAGUCAUUUUCAGAUCCUGAAAAUUGACAUUUCCAGGUCAACACACACUUUGAGAGUAGUAACACAGUUUAGCUGAGUGGCCUUGCAGGAACAAAAUGAGAACUUGUGUUACAGCAUACCUAGAUGUAAGGGAAAGAGGGCUUGGUGUUACUCAUGUACUGUAGUAACAUGACUGAAAAGUGAAAACCA